AAUGAUAAGCUACGCCGACCAAAGGCAUGCACAAACUGCCGACGGUCGAAAAUCAAAUGUAUCAAGGAAGAACAUGACCAAGCGUGCAAACGAUGCAAAGCACAAGGUUUGCAGUGUCUUUACGAGUACAAGGUGGCUAGUUACAAGGUGGCCAACGAGUCUGAAAAUCAAAUGCAGCAAGAAAGCCAAAACGACCCUUCUCAUUCCGCAUCCUCUCUUUCGUCUUCUAACUCUCGUCCGGCUUCUAGCACAGGGCUAACACCUCCAUCUUCAAAUCAUGUGUCAAAUGCUGUAAUACCCACCUCGGGAUUCAAUAGCUGGGAGAAUUCCGUUGAAGAGAGGCUGGAAGGUUUUGGAUCUAAACUCGGCGCAAUACUCUCCCUGUUACAAAACCAGCAGACACAAAGCUCAACACAGCCAGAACAGCAUCGAUUACGGGCAGAAGUAUUAAGUAAAGAGGAUGCAAGAGAAUUGUUCAACUUUUUCAACACAAACAUUUCUCCACAGUUGUUUGGUUUCGAUAUAUCCAAGUAUUCUAUCGACGAUAUAUGGUCAACGUGUCCAUUAUUGAUUGCCACUAUUGGAUGUAUUGCAUCUAUCCAUCAUCCUUUUCUUAGCCAUUUGCACCCUACUUUGGAAAAAAUUAUUUAUGAAAUCUCUAAAGAUAUUUUGUUCGAUAUUCCAAAUAAUGAAACAGAGGCAUUCAAUACCAUCAUCGCUCUAUGUUUUUGUGGGUUUUGGUUUAAAAGUGAUCAGAUGUUUACUGGUCUAGCUAUACAGCUUGCUCGGACGAUGAAUUUAAUAUCUCCGCACAACACCAAGGGAAACAAAAAUUCGAAAAUUCCGAAAAAGGAGAGACUCAAGCUUUGGUACCUCCUCUAUAUACUUGAUGGCCAACAGUCUUUGGUUUUCAACAGACAGAGCAUGUUUGCAUCUGAGGAUAAAAUAUUACAAAAUAGCAGAAAGCUGCUGGAUGAUGCGGAAAAAGAAGAUAGCAAACAUGAAGAAAAGAAUUUGGAUGUGCCAGGAAAAGCGUCUAGCUCUACAGCUAUAGAAAAGAGAAACCCAGAACUGGUAAAUGCAAGUUAUGCUGAUAUUCGGCUCAUUUCACAGGUCGAAUAUCAUCAGGCCAUUAAUGCAGUAUUUGGUGGCCAUGCUUGGGAUUUACUGACCCCUUCAUCGUUUGGAUUGCCUUUCAAAACAAACUUAGAAUUGGACAAAUGGAUGGUUCAGUGGACAGUUGUUUUGAGUCCUUUCAAAAAUCACCCAGUUUGGUCUUCGAAAUCUACUUUGAUUUACUAUAACUUUGCCAAGCUGCACAUAAACUCAGCUGCUGUGCGAAAAUACCAAGCCACGGGGAUGAAUCUACCUAAUUUUGAUGAAAUCGAUGAUGAUUUUAUUGAGGCAACUGAAGGAUGUGCUGAUUCUGCUUCAAAUAUUGUGGAGCUCAAUGGAGAUGAAGGUAAAGCACAUGGAAGGACCAAUGAUGAUGACGAUGCAAGCGAUGAUGAAGACGAUGACGAGGAAGAAUUGGACAUGGCAAAAGAGUUGUCUCCCAUGGAGAGCCGUAAAGUUUCUGCUGAGUUGGCAUUAUCUGCUGCAGAAACAGUUUUGAACAUUGUACUUGGAGAUAGCGAUAUCUUAAGUGUGCUAAGAUAUGUUCCUAUACAUAUUCACAUCAUGCUAUACUAUGCUGCAAUUCUAAUCCUUAAGCCACAUGCAUAUUUGAAUGAUGGGAACUCUUCUUCUGAAAAGUUUGGAGAGAACAGCUCUAAGUUUGAAGAUUCUCUCAGCGCAAUCAAGCUUGUGAAAAGAUUAAGGCACUCUAUAAUUGUGAAUACUCCAACAGAUAAGGAAUUUGCGAACAAAAUAGUCGAGGGAUUAACAAAUAUUUUACGUGACAAAGUUAGACAGAUGAAACAUGAUAUAGUUACCGGGAAAGAAGGUUCCUAUGAUCAGCAGCAGCGUCUUUAUAUGUUAGACACAGUCAUCCUUGAUAAUGAUGCCAAUGAAUUGUACAAUUACCAGUUGAAGAAGAAUCAGAAUUUCAAAAUAUUGGCGUGGCCGGGGUUUGACGCGGGGCAUCCU